AUGCCAUGUAAAGAUAAGAAUGCCAGUGCUGGCUUGCGGGAUUGUAUUAGGCUGCUCGUUGUCAUUCCGACUCACACCGCAAGUAAAAAACUAUGGGGUUUUCCAAGUUUUAAUAGUGAUUGUUCAACUGCUCACUGGAGAUCAUUGCCGGGAACAUUUCUGGAUCUGAAGGACUAUAUGACAGAUUUGUGCAACCAGAUGUUGUAUCAACUCCAUGAUAUUUAUGAUCCAGAUAAGGUAAUUGUCAAGAUGAAAGUCAUUUCCGGGUCAAAAGAUGGAGUAGUGGCUUCAGAAGCCAAGAGAGCUCAAGCACAGUGGGUUGUUCUGGACAAAAAAAUGGAAGAAGAAGUAAAUUUUUGCAUGGAACAGCUUGACUGCAAUGUUGUAGUAAUGACAAAAUCUCAGCCAAAGGUGCUUAGGUUAAAUUUGAUUGAAAAGCCUAAGAUGGAAAUUGAGGUUCCGCCCAGGUCGAAUUUGUGGAAAACAACUAGGGUGCCAAAUGUGACUCCAGCCUGUAGCCCGGAACACACAUCAUUGACCUCUACUGAUGUUGGGAGAUCUUCAAUCACAAGCUUAGACCAAGGAGCCUCUCCGAGUUUCAUUUCUAAUAUAAAUUGGGAUCAGAAGGUCAAGGAGAUUUUACCAUUUACAGUAAGGAACUAUGACUAUGAAGUAUCCAACUCUGAUUCGGACAGUGAAACUUCGAGUUCUCCUUCAACAAGUAUAUGUUCUCAGCAAUGGAUGGAAGAUAAUCUCAGUUCUGCUGAUGAUUAUCCAAAGCAUUUGAAAAACAGUUUACAAACUACCAAUUAUAGAACCCCAACUUCCAUGUUUGAGGCCUAUCACAGAGAAUCUUCUGGACUUGAUAAAACAUCUGGACAAGAGCCAAAAGAUACGGAUGUAAACAUGUACAUGAACAUGAGAAAUCUGAUAUCAUUAAGCAAAAAUGCACCCCCUGACCCUCCUCCACUUUGUUCAGUAUGUCAGCACAAAGCCCCUGCAUUUGGAAAACCUCCAAGGGCGUUCUCUUAUGCUGAGCUUGGCCAAGCUACUGAUGGGUUUUCUCAAGCUAAUUUUUUGGCUGAAGGUGGAUAUGGUUCUGUACAUCGUGGAGUAUUACCUGAUGGCCAGGUCAUAGCUGUCAAGCAACAUAAAUUGGCCAGUAGCCAGGGUGACCGUGAAUUCUCCUCAGAAGUGCAGGUCUUGAGUUGUGCACAGCAUCGUAAUGUUGUAAUGCUGAUUGGAUAUUGUGUGGAGGAUCAUAGGCGGUUGCUAGUUUAUGAAUACAUCUGCAAUGGAUCUUUGGACUCUCAUCUAUAUGGACAUAGUCAUGAUCCCAUAGACUGGUCAUCACGUCGAAAGAUUGCGAUUGGAGCUUCUCGAGGUUUGAGAUACCUUCACGAGGAGUGCAGAGUAGGCUGUAUAGUCCAUCGUGAUAUGCGGCCAAACAAUAUUCUCCUCACUCAUGAAUUUGAGGCAUUAGUUGGAGACUUUGGACUAGCAAGAUGGCAGCCAGAUGGAGAUUUGGGUAUGGAGACAAGAAUAAUAGGAAGGAAAGCUGUGGACAUUACUCGGCCGAAGGGCCAGCAAUGCCUCACAGAAUGGGCGCGCCCUUUGUUGAAAGAGAAUGCCAUUUCAAAACUAGUUGAUCCAGUCCUAAAGGACUGUUAUUCGGAGCAAGAGGUUCAGGACAUGCUGCGUUGUGCUUCCCUGUGCCUUCAACAGGACCCUCAAGCAAGGCCUCGCAUGUCUCAGGUGCUUCGGCUAUUGGAAGGGGACAUUUUCAUGGGAUGA